AUGUACAUUGCUCCCCUUGCAGACUGCACCGCUGGUGCCAUUCAGGAGGCAAACAAGGCCAAUAACGGAGUGAACACUGACCUUAAGAAGGUGAUCAGGAAGAAGCAUGCUCACAAUCCGUACUGCCGAGCCAUCCUGACGCCCGUCACUACGUUGGAUACGGUGAAGGAGAAGAAGCGGCAUGAGCCCAAUCCCAAUGCGCCUGCGUUUGUCCCCUCCGAGCUUCCGUGGAAUAUGUAUGCACCAUACACCUACGAUGAGUCCAUGUACAUGGAUGAAGCAGCAUAUGAAAGCAGUGUCUACGCAUCUGCGUACUAUUACGCCCAGCGCAUUGCUUCGGUUUACGCAGGUCCGACGUCGGCGUCGUAUCAGAUACCCAUGGAGCCUACGGAAAGUGCCAACACGAGCAGUGUUGCUGACAAGGCGGUUAACCUAAGUGACAGCACUAUCUCCUGCGGCAACACGGGUACUUCGGUGGUUUCCACACCAAUUAAGCGGAGCAACAACCUCUACAAGAUGUACGUUGAUGGUCGCCCCAAGGUCGUACGUGGUGUCAUAUUUGCCGAAGUGAAUGUGGAGCUGCGUUUGGGGAAUGAAGUAUUCAUCGUAAACGAUGUGCCGCAGAUCUUUGGUGCCGUGGUGAAAGCUGAAGAGCUUGUAGAUCGUUACGUUAUUGUGGAGGGCGAUCGUGGAGAAGACUUGGGACGUAUUGUGUCUGUUGCGCGCAGCGAGUUGACUUCCUUGAAGAACACAGAGGAUGAAAAGAAGGAAAAACAUCCGCUGCACGUGCUUCGCGAGGCUCUCCCAGAAGAAGUUGAGGCCUUUCAUCGCCUGGAUCAGCUGGAAGAAGAGGCGCUUCGCUUCUGCAAGGCCGCUAUUCACUCGCUGAACAUGCGCACGCCGCUGCAGGUGCAGCGUGCAGUCUUCCAGUUCGACCGCAAGAAGCUGACCUUCACGUACUGCAGCGACUCCUACGUGGAGUUUAAAUCCCUUCUGCGUGCGCUGAACCGCCAGUACCAGUGCCGGAUCUGGAUGCACCAGCUUAACUGGGAGGUGAACUGCAGGCAGCGGCGGCAAACGUCAGAUGAGGACACCCACCGCAAGAACGGCAGGGAACACCGCAGGCGAGGCGGUGCGAAGAAGGACAGCAAGCGGAGUCAGGAAGUUGAUGUCGACUCCUCGCUUCAGCCAGAGCAGUAG